AUCGCCGGCGCCGUCGAUUCGUCGGAGCCCGCGGCGGUGACUGAUCGGGUGUUCAUGGACUUCAGCGUGUGCCCUAGCUACUUCCGCUCCGAUCGCCCUAUCGGGUCGGAUCUUGCCGCCUGUCCUGACUCCGAACCGAUUGGGCGCGUAGUAUUUGGGCUUUAUGGCAAGAUCCUGCCUCGGACUGUCGCGAAUUUCAAAGCGAUGUGCGGUUCGGAGGCUUAUAAAGGGACCCUCAUUCACAAGAUUCUAGAGGGCCAGUUCUUUGCGGGUGGGCGGCAAGGGAGGAGAGACAAGGGGGAGGUCCGGCCACCAUCAAAUAUAAGUAGGAAUACGGAGAUUGUUGAUCCUAAAGCGUUUCAACUGAAGCAUUUGAGACCUGGGACUCUUUCACUGUGUUUGUCCGAGAAUGAUGAUUAUGAUGAGAUCAAGCUUGAUCCGGAUUAUAGGAACGUGGAGUUUUUGGUUACAACUGGACCAGGGCCAUGCCCACAGCUUGAUAAUCAGAACAUUGUGUUCGGAACAGUGCUCGAAGGAAUGGAUGUUGUCACUGCGAUCGCUGCAAUCCCAACUUAUAUACCGGCUGAAAGGAUUCGUCUGUUCAAUGAUUUUGCCGAGUUCAUUGGGGACGAGAGAGCUCAGACAGCUCGUACUAUGUGGAACAAACCUCUCAAGACGAUCUACAUCAGCGACUGUGGAGAGCUCAAAGUCGCGAAACCAUCCCUUACCCCAAGUCUACCUUAACUCUGGGCCAUUGAUGAUCUAAUUUAUAAGCUUAUUUUGUACUGCAUUGCUUCUUCCAGAACUUGUAUCUUGUUGAGUUGCUUACAAUUGCUGGAUUUUUCAUCCGUAAGAUGAUGCGUAUAGCUUGUCACACUAAAACUUUCUCAAAACACUUGACUGCAGAAGAAAAUAGUGUUUUGACCAUUUUAUCCAUUGUUUUAUGUCCUUCCUUCCACUUUAUUUAGAGGGUGUUGAGGACU